AUGUGUUUAUUGUUGUGCAUGUUUUUCCUUUUGGUAUUAAAUAAAUCUGCGUUGUGUUACGCGGUCACGAAAAAUUCAGGGCGUAAUGGACGUGACCUGGGUCAUAGCGAACAAUACAUCAAACAGAUAUUUUAUACCCAUGGAAACUGUAUUCAUUCUGAUUGGGCUUGUAAUCAAGAGUGUCGCUUGGAAUAUGUAAAUCGUACUACCGGAUUGUGCAUCUCACCAUCCCCUACGGAAAGCUGUUUCGGAAUACCCAUUCUCUACAACUAUACUUUGGAAGCUGCAAGUGUAAUUGCUAUAUUACCGAAAUAUGAAAUUCUCAGCAAGUUCCCACGAUGUUGGUCGUCAUUGGGACCCUUGCUAUGUGCAGUGGCUUAUAGGCCAUGUUCUAACCGAGCAUAUUUCGAAGUUUCGAUGGAUAAGCCAGGCACAAUGGAAUUAUGGCAAGUGUUUCGAAAGGACAUGUGCCAACAAGCAAUUGAGAAAUGUGGUUUUCUUCUGGAAAAUGAUCUUUGGCCUAGUUUUAUCAACUGUUCAGAUACCAUUAAGUCGAAGGACGGAAGACGGAUUUUUUCGGAUGGAUCUUGUGCGAUGACUUACAACAAAGAACCGUCAAAAAUGGAACCAAAGCAGUGUCUCUGGCCUUUGGCUGUUGGGAUAAGUCAUAAGCCGUUGGCUCAACCUCUUAUCGAUGAUUGUUAUCUUCCGUGCAGGCCACCUCUAAUUAGCUCACAGUGGCUAUACGAUGGUUUCAGGAUGUCAAUUUUCUCCUUCUCUUUGCUCAUCGUUGUUGGUGGUCUAGUUUCUGCGCUUUAUUUGUUCAUCUUCUCACUUCUCUUCACAAGUGAUCUUUGCGUUUACUCAUUAACCCAUGCACUGUUAAGUGCAUCAGUCCACUGGUUUAUAUGGUUACUAAGUUAUGCUGAUCGAGUGGCAGAACGUGCAAUGUGUUUUGAUAUGUUAAGACGUGAUGCAAAAAUUUUAAGAGCUUUAUUAGAUUGGUGCAGCAUUCAAUUUUGGCUUUUGUAUACCACAAUAUUAUCUGGCUUUUUUUGGUUACUGAUUGCAUUAGCAAUUCAAAUCGGUCAACCUAAACUUAGUUCCAAUCAAACAAUUAAAUGGAAUAAACAUUACCAUCUUAAUUUACGUUGCUUUUUCCUUAUUUGUUAUUUGGCGGCUGGUUCAAUGGCUACGAUUGCAUUAUGGGCAGAUACUAUUGAAACAAAUGGUAUCACCGGUGUUUGCUAUUUCGGAUUUCACACGGUAAGGAGCGCGAUGAAUCUUUAUGGUCCAGUUUUGGUCACUUUUAUACUAUGCUUAAUUGCGAUUAUUUAUUUUCGCAAAUGUAAUGGAGGAAGCACAGCGGCAGAAACCUCAAACAGUUCAAAAAAGCGAGAGCAAAUAGCACUUGUUGUUGACCAUGUCAGUGGUGAUAAUGAGGAAUUAUUUGAUUGUCGUGAUGUUAAAAAAAAUGGUUACUCACAAAUGGCUUUCUUUUGGCGAGGUCUACUUUCUAUUACAAUCGGUCUUUCAUUUGUUGCAUCUGCAGUACUCCUUCACUACAGCUUUUUUACUGAUGCUGUUUCGGAACAGAAAGUUAUUCUGGAUUCCGUAAGAUGUUCUCUAAACAAAACAAUUAUGGAAGGGCAGAUGGGAUGGUUACAUGGAAUGAUGUAUGAUCUAAAAGCAGAUGUUUUUUCGAGGCUAGAAUCUAUCGGCAACAAUUUUCUAAGUGCUCCUGGUUGCGAAUUGCCAUCCAUUGUGGAUGAUCAGUUGUUGCCUAUGUUUUUGGUAUAUCUUUUUUUCCCUUCACUUCCAUUUAUCACUGUCAUCAUCUAUGUGUUGGCUGGAUUCUUUGGUUAUGGGAUGGUUGGUAUUGAGAAAAUACGGAAUAAGUUUAAUCCGUUUGUUUUGGUGAAAUGCUCGGAAUUCGCAGUAACAGCGGAAAAGCAACAGCCUAAUGAUGCGCUACUUACUCCUACAUUUAAGUCCUCUGUUAAAGUGGGUCAAUCGCAAAAAGAAGAAUCUGAAAAUAUUAAGCAGUCGGAGAAUUACGAAGACGAAUCUCUUGACACAUUUCCUACUGAUUUGAAAAUUAGGAGAUUGGAUGUUUUACAGAGGAGUAAGGAAAGAAGAAAGCACCAAAUGGAAAGUGGUUAUUUGUUUUUGAAACCAGCGGAUUCAUCUCGAAUGACGGCGUCACUUCUUUCUGCGUAUCAGAAUGGUGUUAUCGAAGGUCAGUGGCGUGAACGAUGUGUAAAUUACGAGAAGCAAAUCAAAGCACUUUCGGCUAAUUUGCGCGUUGCAGACCAUGAAAUACGACGACUGGCUGGUUUGGAAAUGUCGGAAUCCAUGAUUACAUCAAGGAAACGAAAAUCUCCAUUUGAAGAUGAUGCGGUUGUUAUGAAUUACUCAUCUGCUUCCACCGCUGCAGUUGGAACUCCACUGAUUUCUACUAAGUUCAGGUUGCACAGUUCAAAGGAUGCGAGAAGUUUAGUUUCUGAUAAUGGCCAUGCAAAUAAUUCAUGGACCAUGGAUAUGAGUCUUUCUAAAAAACCUGCUAGUUCACAAGAUGUGCAUAUGCAAAAUAAACUUCCCAUCAAUGAGGGAAAUGGAAUGAUGAUAUGUCAACCAUCAUCUUUAAAAUCUCGGACUUUUUUUGGUGCAUCAACAAUGCAGGGUCUGUCAGAUGAGCCUACAGGGGUAGAUGCUGGUCAGCUUUCGGAAAGUUAUCAUGACAGUGACAGUUUCAAUUCCGAUGAGGAAGAUUCUGAAGAGGAAAGAUUGUACAAUGAAAAAGUGGCAAAAUUACAGCGAGACAGCAGUAGCAAAAGGGUCUAA